UAAGCCGGUAGAACGUUAGCCGUUAGCUUUAGUGUGUGUGGACUCUUUCGAAGAAGCAGAAAACGAAAAAACGAUUCACUCUACCUCCUACCUAUCGUCCUUAAUAUUUAAAAAUUACUUUUAUCGACGGGGCUCUUUCUGCUAAACGGCCGCGACCACGCACGUGGUGGGCGCGUGGUGCCACAAGAUUGCAUUUUCGAAGACACGGCAACCAAAACACGUCAUCCCACCGCCUAAAACCGCCUCUCAAACAAAACACGAGACGAGUGUACUUUGUUUCCGAUCGUAGCAUCCUUCGACGGCACCAACAAGCGCGCGCGCAAUACACUUAACGCACCCACCGCAAAUUUUCCGCUCUCCGAGGGUCGAUGAAGUUCCGUCCAUCUCGGAACACGCCACCCGCCGCCUGUGCCUCCGUGGGAGCCUCCCACUUCGCGCUUCGAGCUCGCCCAGCCACCGCCGGUACGCCGCGAACGCACCAGUACUUAAGCCAUUCACACCUCUUCUUCGGGCCCGGCGUUGGUAGAGUGUCGCUGGUUUACGCGAAUGGCGACGGCCGUAUCUCUGUUGGCCAAACUACACAGCAGUGCCUUUGACCAGACACAGCAGCAUCACCAUCACCACAAGCACCACUACUUUCCACCGUGCGGCCAACCGGGACCGGAAGUGGCCGUCCGUACGCUCCUCGGUGGCCGGCAACGGGGCGACCAACAACACCUGGAGCAACAGCUGCACCAGCAACAGCAGCAGCAACAGCACCAGCAACAGCAGCAGCAACAAGAUCAGCAGCUUCAGCAACCAAAUCCGCUCGAAGCAUUAGAUUUCCAUCUGCUGUGCCGCUCGUUCGAGGAAGAGUUUGAACAAAUGGAAUUUUCCGGUGACGCCAACACGUACCAAUUUCAGCAGCAGCAGCAGCAGCAGCAACAGCAGCAACAGCAACAGCAACAAGGUUCACCACAACAACUGCCAGCCCAGGUACAGCCCAGCAGACGGCAGCAAGAUUUCGAACAGAUCACUUCCGGUUACAACCUGGAUAACGAGGACACGUACAGCGGUUCGCCGAACAACUUCCAGGAGUAUCAGAACAACUUUGUCGACUCCCCGCCGGAUUCGAAGGAGUCGUGGUCGGUGGACUACAACAAAAUGCACACCGCGAUCACUGCGUCGACCAGCGCCAGUAACGAUACAACCAACUCAUCGGCCACGGUCACCGCGGUUGCGGUCACCGCCGCUGCAGUAGCGGUCGCAGCUCAACAGCAACCGUCGCAGCAACAGCCAGACGCGGCUGCCACCUACAUUAGCAACGCAAUCCUGCCGAGCCGCAAGCGACGCAUGGAGUGGCUGUCCCCGCAGGAGGAGGAUACCGAUGGUACCGAUACGAAGAUCGCCAAUAUCGAUAAGGAGCGUGACGCACGCCGCAAGGGAAGCAUGCGUUGGGCAGACGAACUCGAUCUCGAUCUCAGCAACGAGCUGUCGAGCAACGGUUACAUCAGUGAUUCGUUGCUGAACUUUCCCGUGUUCAAACAGGAGCUCCCUUCACCGCCGCAAAAGCCGCAACAGCAACAGCAGCAGCAGCAACAGCAUCAGCUUCAACAACAGCAACAAGCACUGCUGCAGCAGCACGGAGCUGGAACCACUGACCACUCACAGCACUCGACAGCAGCACCAGCCGGAUUGCAGCAGCCGCUAGUUGGUGGCGGUGCAGCAGGAAACGGUGGUACCGCUGUAGUGAGCCCUGGCAAUGGAGGCAAUUCUCACCAGCAGCAGCAGCAGCAGCCACAACAACAGCAGCAUCACCAGCAGCAGCCACAAGUGGCUCAAUUUCAGCAGCAGCAACAAGCGGUACCAAAUGCCCUCAACAGCGGGCAAGGAUUGAUAACCAACACGGCGAUCGGUUCUGGGCUCAGCACGCUGCAAACGUUUCUGCAAACCAAUCGCCUCGAUACGGACAACAAUGGAGCUGUGCUGCAGAUGAAUCAGGAUGGGACGCUAGGAGUAGCAGCACGCGGCGAGAAAGCACACGACGAUCACAAUCGGUUCCAGUACGUACUGGCGGCGGCAACAUCGAUAGCCACGAAGAACAAUGAAGAAUCUCUCACGUACCUUAACCAGGGUCAAAGUUACGAAAUCAAGCUCAAGAAGCUCGGCGAUCUGUCCCCGUUUCGGGGCAAGAUUUUGAAAAGUAUUAUAAAAAUAUGCUUCCACGAGCGCCGCCUGCAGUACAUGGAGCGGGAGCAGAUGCAACUUUGGCAGGUUUCCCGUCCAGGUGAACGAAUUCUCGACGUCGACAUUCCGCUGUCGUACGGACUGCUGCAGGUACAACCGACAAACAAUAAUCUACUCAACACGAUCGAGGUGUUCUGGGAUCCGAUGAAGGAGGUCGGCGUUUACGUAAAGGUGAACUGCAUUUCAACGGAGUUUACACCGAAAAAGCACGGCGGUGAAAAGGGUGUUCCGUUUCGAAUUCAGGUUGAAACCUAUAUCGAUAACGGUAGCGGGCUGCAGAACGGAGCCAGCAAUGGUACCGCAGGGGACGAUAAGGACACGGUACGCCCGCUCCACGCCGCAGCUUGUCAGAUAAAGGUGUUUAAACUGAAAGGAGCAGACCGCAAACACAAACAAGAUCGGGAGAAAAUACUCAAACGUCCCGCCACGGAGCAAGAGAAGUAUCAACGAAGCUGCGAUUGCACAAUACUGUCGGACAUAACGACCGAUUCCGUGCUGCUCCCGCUGGGAGGAAGCUUCAGUCCCGAACACAUCAAGCGCAACGUAUCUCCACUGCUGGGCGGAGGUCCGACGUCGCCCGCACAGUACACUAAGCUGGAGACCAUUAUGUCGACCGUGCUGCAGUGCAACGGGAGCGUUAAUGUCGGUAGCAAACCAACGGCCACCAUUGCGGCCGCAGUGGCUGCAGCCGUCCAGAGUAGCAACGCCAACAAUCCGAUCGGCAUCAGCAACGUUAGCUCGACGAAUGGGCUGUGCAAGCCGCUGAUUGAUCAUCAGCAGGCCGUGCUGUCACCACAGCAACCUCCGAGCGAGCUCGACGAUUAUGUGCCGUGCAUUACGCGCGAAACUAGCCCCGGAGGCGUCGCCCAGUGGUUGGCCGUCCAUCGCCUGUCGGCCUACGGGAAAAUGUUUGCACAAUUUUCCGGUUCCGACAUACUGAGAAUGUCGAAAGAUGAUCUAUGCAAAAUUUGCGGACUUGCGGAUGGCAUUAGAAUGUUUAACAUUCUUCAUUCGAAGGCCAUCACGCCGCGCCUCACGAUCUACGUCAGCUUCGAGGCUAACAUUUACCACGCGAUCUAUCUGCAUCUGAACACGAUCGCCGAGCUGGUGCAAAAUCUGUCGAAAGUUCCCGGCUUCCUGGAGGCGAUCAAUGCACUCAAUACACCAAACUCGACGACGUCGGAGGCCAGCGGUUGGAAUGGCGGCUCGUUUGGUGGCAUUCGGCCCAGUGCUGGCGGUGGAGUUCUCAAGCUGGCCACACAAAACGGUAACGGGCCCCAUCAGUCGGUGCCUUCGCCCGCAUCGCCGAUCUCUUCGUCGUCCAGUGGCCCCAAGCUGCAGUUGCUGAUCAAUGGGCCGAACGGAAUACAGGUUCUGCUGACGGAGGACGUACUGAAUAACGUGCGGGACGAAACGCUGUUUCAGCUGGAGCUGAAACCGAACGGAAAUAUUCUGAUGAAAGCGGUCCACAGCCCAGGAGCACCCGGUGACGGAUCGAUCGAUGACGACGGCAAUUAAGAGGCAACAAGAACGAACGAGAAGGGAUACACGUUGACAAAGUUUUAUCUUUCUAAAUAAUGUUAACAUGUUUUAAAUGGAGCGAAGCGUUUACUGCUUUGCUCGGUAUGCAUAGUUUAUUUUUCUAGUUUAUGUUGUUUAGAUAAAAUUGUCUAUCGAAGAAAAAAUAGUAGUUUACGUAACGUUAGUGUGCACCCCAUGGGGGCGUUGCCGUAGC